AAAAAAAGUUCCUUUUCUCGAUUCAUGAAAAUAAUGUGGGGGCGUAUCAAGGAAUUCAUAGCCGAAUGAUUGAAAUAAUUAAAUGUUUCUGAUCGAUUGCCCAUUUUCAUCAUCUUUUCAUUUUUUUUAAUUAUGGUCAUUAACAAUGUAAAUUUUUUUGAAAACUUAAAUUUCUCUUCAUCAUCAUCUUAUUAAUUGAUUUGUACUUUCUCGUUGAAUUCUUAUAUAAAUUGAUGAUGACCGUGACAUUGUAUUCAUUUUUUUUUCUAGUAGUCGUCCACUGUUUUCAAAUUCAAACGAAAAAAAAAUUCCCGAAAAUAUGAAAUACAUAACCAUAUUGGCUAUAAUCAUAUCAUUGUUAAAAGUUGGCUGGUCAUGUCGAACUAUUGAAGAAUUGGAUGAAUGUGCAUAUUCAUUCGAUAUUAUUUCGAAUCCAUCGAUUCCAAUACCGACCAAUGAUCAAGAAGUACAAACUUUAUGCAGUAAUACACAAUCCGGUUUAAAAUGUUUGAACGAUGAAGCAAAAGAAUGUGCAAAAGGAUCAAUUAAAGCUAUAUUGGUCAAAGUGAUAACCGAUCUUACCGAUGGUAUUAAUCAUCGUUGUGCUGAUCCGGGUGAACGAACCGAAUUCGCCAGACAUAUUCAAUGUUUUCAUGAUGAUACUAAAGCAGCACCAAUUCGUAACUGUGUAAAUCGACAUAUCGCGAUGAUGGAACGUGUAUCAACUAUAGACAAAUCAUUACGGUUAGGUGGUGGAUGUUGUGGUUCACAUUAUUUCCGUAAAUGUAUUAUCGAUACAAUUCAAGCUGGUUGUGGUGGUGAUUCUGCAGAUUAUUUUAAUGAAAUGAUUGAAGCAGCUGUUGGACAGAAUAUGGAAUUAAUGUGUAAAGAAUUAUCGGAUAUUGGUAAAUGUGAUGCAAAAUAUGACCAAACAACAUGGACAGAAUUGAAAGCAAUUAUGGAUUCUAAUGAACCUAUUGGAGAACAUCAAUACAAAACAUUGAUACCGAUCAUUAUUAAGAUGCUUAAAGAAGCUUAAAAUAAACGAAAACAAAACAAAACAAAACAAUAACAUACCAACAACAAAAAAAAAAAUUGAUAGAUUUCUAAAAAUAGUGACGAAAAUUUUAAAAACAAAACAGAAAAAAAAGUUUUUUUUCACAUAAAAUUCAGAUGGUGACGGUGGGGGAGCUUUUCAUGUGAUGAUAUAAUUUCAUUUUUUUUAUUACCAUAAUAAUAAGCUAAAUAUUGAAGGAAAAAUAAAUGUUUUUUAUGAAC